GACGGGCUCUGGCUCUGAAGGGGUUUUGCUGGCUGGCCUACGCAUUUACUGGGGGGGUGCGGGGGUUAUGUCACUCCCCUCCCCGCCUUCCUCCAAGCCCUGGCACUGUGUUCGUGGUGGUGUUGCAGAACAGGAAUUACUGCAGGAUCGCGUAAUGGUGGAGCAAAUUAGCUGACACGGUCCAGCAGGAUCUGGGAGUGCCGGAGGGAUGUGGCAGGGGAAGCGGCUGGUGUGAUGGGAGCGUGCGAGCAGCUCGCGGCGCAGCUGAGCCGGGAGAGCUGGGCAGCACGGAGGAUGUUUCCCGCUGGGCUCUGGCUCUAGGAUGUUGGAGAACCGAGAGGAGGAGCUGACCACGGUGCGCGUUCAGGACCCCCGGGUGCAGAACGAAGGCUCCUGGAACUCCUAUGUGGAUUAUAAAAUCUUCCUCCAUACCAACAGCAAGGCCUUUACUGCCAAGACCUCAUGCGUGCGGCGCCGGUACCGUGAAUUUGUGUGGCUGAGGCGACAGCUCCAGAAGAAUGCUGGCUUGGUGCCUGUCCCAGAGCUGCCUGGGAAAUCCACCUUCUUCGUGGGCAGCACGGAUGAGUUCAUCGAGAAGCGGAGACAGGGGCUGCAGCAGUUCCUAGAGAAGGUUGUGCAGAACGUGGUCCUCCUCUCCGACAGCCGGCUGCACCUCUUCCUGCAGAGCCAGCUCUCGGUACCCGAGAUCGAGGCAUGCGUGCAAGGCCAGGGCGCGCAGACGGUGACAGAAGCCAUCCUGCACUAUGCCAUGUCCAACUGCGGCUGGGUGCAGGAGGAAGAGAGCCGCCCUGCGCUGCUGCCGGGAGGGGACCUGCGGGGCAGCUGCACCGGCCUGGGAAGCCCGCAGGGUCCGAGCUGCCUAGAGACCUGCCCAUACUGGAGCGACUUUGGCAUGGAUGACACCCACUCGGACAGUCCGGAUGAGCCAGCUGAGCCCUUGGGCGACGGCGUGAGAUGCAGUAAACGGCUCUAGCGAGCUCGCCUGCCUUCCCUGCGACCUGCAGCCCUCGCAGGAAGAGGGACUGCUGCUGAGCCAGAGCCGUGUCUGGGUUGGCGGGACUGGGGCGUCCUGGGAGCAUGGCCUUGUCCCGAGAUCUGCGGUGUCCGGGGCUCACGUGCUCUCUUUCUGCUGACUCUCGGCUGUCCUUGACGUCCCAGGCAGCGUGUUCGUAUCACUCUCCUCUUUGGAGGAGAGAUCUAGUGGUUAGUGAAACCUCUGUGUGUUGUUCCCAUGGCCCUUGCGCUCGGACUGGAGCGGUAGCAGGGCUUAGUUAGGUGGCAGUGCCAGCGAGGCUCCGUGUUCUUGGCGUGGGGUAUGCUGGCUGACGUGCAGCACGAUGGAGGAAGGUUUUCCUCGGUGGAGCCGUGGGCUGGGAGCAGGGGCUGGCCACUUCCCAGCGAGUCUCUUCAGUUUAGUCCCCUGUGUUCCCCCUCGGUGCCGGGGGGGGUCUGCGUUUCCCCGUAAUAGCUGCGCUGGGCAGCUCCUGGGGAGGGUGAUCUCGGCUGUGUGGGGCCGGAGCCCACCUGGCACAGCUCGCCCUGCAGGUUGCCCGCAGCUGGGAUGAGCAGAGAUGAGCUUCCCUGUGGGAGCGUGGGGCUGGGGAAUGCGUGGGUGGAGAGCGAGAUAAAGCAGUUUGCCUCCCCAGCCCUCUGGAGGGGAUGCUCCUUCCUCAGGCAUGGAUUGCCAUGCACAGCAGGGAACGGGGAGCCUCACAGCCGGGAUCUAGUUUGCUGGAAAGAAGGAGCAGGUAGCUGCCCCAGAGCCGGCGUCCGGCAGCGCUUGGGCUCAGGAUACUCUUGAUGCCUCUCCCUGUGGUCUCCUGCACCUUUUCCUCCCACCCUCAGCACUGGUGAAGGUGGCACCGACGUGCUGUGACUUGAAAUAAAAAUGAAGUAGAAGAGA